CACAGAUGCUGUAAAAACCGGAGAACUACAUUCACUGGGACGAUCGGAGCAGUCAGCAGAAGGUAUGGAGGUGGAGGUAGAGGGCUCCCUGGAGGAGGAGUUUGGGAUCUCCCUGGAGGAGCUGAAGAAGUGGAUUGAGGAUCAGGUGGAUCAGAGUGAGGCGGUGCGGCAGAGGAAGGAGCAGCUGGCCGAGCUCCAACACUGGGUGGAGCAGAGAGAGAAGGAGGUGGCCGAGGUGGACACGCUCUGCGUCAACGCCUCAGAGUCUGUGGUGCAGUGUGAGGCCCUGGUGAAAGAGGUGUACAGUAAGAUGGGCCUGGUUUAUCGAGAGAGCAGCUCAGAGGACGAGGGAGGGGGCGGGGCCAGUACCUCUGAGGUCAUCGAGAUCGACGAUGACGAGGACGAUGAUGUCAUCGCAGUUGGCUGUGUGCUUCCACCAAAGAAACCAGUGACCCCAGUCAAAGACUCAUCAUUGACAGAAGCCUCUACUGCUCUUCAGAGAACCACUCAGCAGGUGCAAAAACUGGCGCUAUCCGUGAACAAACAGGCCCCGCCCCCAGUGGCCACAACCACACCCCUAAAGCAAUCUGUCCCUCCCUCCCGCUCGUCAAUACUCAAUGUCCCUGCAGUGUUUGUGUCCCAGGCGCCCAGAAACACGCCCCUCCAGCCAAACCCUGGCCUGAAAGAGGAUGUCAUGAAGGUAGACAUGAGCAUUCUGGGUAAAAAACGAACCAAGACCUGGCACCGAGGCACACUGAUCGCUAUCACUGCUGUGGGGAACAGUUUUAAGUACAAGGUGAAGUUUGAGAAUAAGGGGAAGAGUUUGUUGUCUGGGAACCACGUGGCCUUUGACUACCACCCCACGCUAGAGAGGCUCUACGUGGGCGCCCGCGUCGUCGCCAAGUACAAGGACGGCAACCAGGUGUGGCUCUACGCUGGCAUCGUCGCCGAGAUGCCCAACAGCAAGAACCGCAUGAGGUUCCUGAUCUUUUUCGACGAUGGAUAUGCCUCCUACGUGGGCUUGCCUGAGCUCUACCCCGUCUGUCGACCCCUGAAGAAGACGUGGGAGGACAUUGAGGACGUCUCCUGUAGGGAUUUCAUAGAGGAGUACAUCACCUCCUACCCCACCAGGCCCAUGGUGCUGCUGAAGCCGGGCCAGAUCAUUAAGACGGAGUGGGAGGGCACCUGGUGGAAGAGCCGCGUGGAGGAGGUGGACGGCAGCCUCGUCAAGAUGCUCUUCCUGGAUGACAAGCGGAGUGAGUGGAUCUACCGCGGCUCCACGCGUCUGGAGCCCAUGUUUAAUCUGAAAAUGAACUCCGCCAACACACAGGAAAAGAAGAUGGCCGGCCAGCAGAGAUACCGUCCCAACAUGGGAGCAUUACGGUCCAAAGGCCCUGUGGUACAGUACACUAGCGAGGGCAAUUCUGGGGCAAAUCGCACCCCAGCGCCCCCCGCGGCCCCCCAUCCGCCCCCCCGCCACAUCCUCCCUGCGCCCCCUCCCCAGCCCGUCCAGCCCAUCCGCACAGAGAGUCCUGGGUUUAAGAGUCAGGUGGCCAAAAAAAGUACCUCCCCUUACAUCCCUGCUCGCCAGAGCGUGACCUCUGACCUCCAGCCCAAAUCCCUCACGAGCACUGCCACCCCAGCAAACACUACCAGACUCUUCGUGCUGCAGACCAGCUCCCUCCAGCCCCUGGCCCACCCGGUGACUUCCCAGCAGCCCUUGCACCCGGCCGUGCCGUCCUACUCCAGCGAGCUGGUUCCCCAGGAGCCGUCGUACCAGGCGCCCAGCGACCGGCUCUUCUACCUGCCUCACGCCUGCUCGCCCGACUGCCUCAAACGCAUCCGCCCCACGAGACCCAACAUGCACCGCGGCAGGAACCCCCUCCUCGCCCCCCUGCUCUACGAGUUCCGCAGGAUGACCGCACGCCGACGCCACAACCGCAAGAUGUCCUUCCAUGUGAUCUAUAAGUCUCCGUGCGGGCUGUGUUUGCGGAACAUGGGCGAGAUCCAGCACUACCUCUUCCAGACCAGCUGUGACUUCCUCUUCCUGGAGAUGUUCUGUCUGGACCCGUACGUCCUGGUGGACAGGCGCUUCCAGCCUCAGAAGCCCUUCUUCUUCAUCCGGGACAUCACGGCGGGCCGCGAGGACAUCCCGCUCUCCUGCGUGAACGAGAUCGAUAACACGCCGCCGCCCAAAGUGGCGUACAGCAAGGAGAGGAUCCCCGCUGACGGAGUCUUCAUCAACACCAGCCCAGAGUUCUUAGUCGGCUGUGACUGUACAGACGGCUGUCGAGACAAGUCUAAGUGCUCUUGUCACCAGCUGACGAUCCAGGCGACCGCCUGUACCCCCGGGGGUCAGACCAAUCCCAACGCUGGAUACACUUACAAGAGACUGGAGGAGUGUCUGCCCACAGGGGUAUAUGAGUGUAAUAAGCGCUGUCGCUGUAAUCCUCGGAUGUGCACUAACCGUCUGGUUCAGCACGGCCUGCAGGUGCGCCUGCAGCUCUUUAAGACCCAGAAUAAGGGCUGGGGGAUCCGUUGCCUUGACGACGUAGCCAAGGGCUCCUUCGUUUGCAUCUACGCAGGUAAGAUCCUGACGGACGACUUUGCGGAUAAGGAGGGUCUGGAGAUGGGCGACGAGUACUUUGCGAACCUGGACCACAUCGAGAGUGUGGAGAACUUUAAGGAGGGCUACGAGAGCGAGGCCCACUGCUCGGACAGCGAGGGGAGCGGGGUGGACAUGAGUCGUCUCAAACUGACCUCCUCCAACCAGCACCGGCUCGGCUCCAGGAACGAGGACAGCAACAGCGGCACGGGGGGCAGAGGCCGCGAAGAUUCCUCAGGAGAGGGAGAGAACGAUGAUGACAACGAUGAAGAUUCAAACGAGGAUGACGACGACAGCUCAGACGACACGUUUGUGAAGGACACGUAUUUCACGUCCAGCUCGGUUUGGCGGAGCUACACGACCCGCAGACAGGCCAAGGGCAUGAGAGAGGGGAGCCAGGACAGUAAGGAUGGUUUGUCAGAGGGAGGAAAGGAUGACAGGAAGCCGCCUGCCAUGCCGGAGGAGAGCGGGAAAAGUAAAGUCGCCUCAUGGCUCACCAGCCAAUCAACAGCCUCUGUCAAAGUGGAGGGAGUGAAGACAGAGAAGAAGGAUGUGAUGACGUUGUCUGAUAGUGAUGAUGUCCAGACCAUUAGCUCUGGGUCGGAGGACAACAAAGAGAGAGAGAAAAAGACACAAGCGGUGGUGAAGAGACAGGUGGCGGUCAAGUCCACCCGUGGCAUUGCUCUGAAGUCUCACGGGCUCCUGGUGAAGACCGGGGGAGGAGCGGCGGGGGGGCCGGCGGGGACGGGCGGGGCUCAGAGUCAGACGGGAACGGGGGGAGACAGCGGUCCUAAAAACACCCGACAGUUCUUUGACGGCGAGGAGUCGUGCUACAUCAUCGACGCUAAACUGGAAGGAAACCUAGGACGAUACCUCAACCAUAGCUGCAGUCCUAACCUGUUUGUUCAGAAUGUGUUUGUGGACACACAUGAUCUGCGUUUCCCCUGGGUGGCCUUCUUUGCCAGCAAGCGUAUCCGGGCUGGCACGGAGCUGACGUGGGAUUAUAACUAUGAGGUGGGCAGUGUGGAGGGUAAAGAACUGCUCUGCUGCUGUGGAUCCACCGAGUGCAGGGGACGUCUGCUCUAGUGAGGACUAUACACGGAUACACACAGGCUACGGAGGACUCCUGCUCUAGAUUAUAGAGGACGCCCGUGCUCAUGGGGACAUCACAUGCA